UCAAGUUGUACAUCCCAAGUUGUAAACAGUUAAGUCGCAAUGGCCACGAGUGGAACUGUACAUCGUCUGGACGGAAAGGUGGCAUUAAUUACAGGUGCCAGUGCGGGAAUAGGAGCAGGGACUGCUGUACUGUUUGCAGAACUAGGAGCACAGCUAGCCCUGACUGGACGUAAUGAAGAAAAUCUCCAAACAACUGCAGCCCAGUGUGUUCAGAAGGGUAGCAAACAGCCUCUCCUGAUUGUAGCCGACAUGUUGAAAGAAGAGGAUGUUACUCGCAUUUUUAAUGAGACCAUCAAACAUUUUGGACAACUAGACAUUUUGGUUAAUAAUGCUGGAAUCCUUAAAGUAGGCGGCAUUGACAACACAUCAUUGGCAGAUUUUGAUGCUGUAAUGAACAUUAAUGUCAGAGCUCCCUACCAGCUGACGAUGCUGGCUGUGCCAUAUCUGACCAAAACCAAAGGUACCAUUGUGAAUGUGUCCAGUGUCAAUGGUAUGAGGUCGUUUCCGAAUGUACUUGCCUACUGCAUGUCGAAAAGUGCUAUUGACCAAUUUACUCGCUGUACAGCUCUGGAACUUGCUUCAAAAGGAGUCCGUGUAAACAGUGUAAACCCGGGAGUAAUUAUUACAGAAAUCCACAAACGAGGAGGCAAGACAGAAGAGGAAUACCAGAAGUUUCUUGAGCAUUGCAAGACGACACAUGCUUUAGGCCGUGUUGGGGAUGUACAGGAAGUUGCUAGGACGAUUGCCUUUCUUGCAUCAGACAGUUCCUCCUUCAUCACUGGUGCUCAGAUACCCAUUGACGGGGGACGGCAUGCCAUGUGUCCACGCUAGUCUCUGAUCUGGAUUUCUUGGGAGCUUGUCUCUAUUUACUGUGUAUUUAACAGGGGAAGAUCAUACCUCAUAUCUUGUCAAGGCUUCCCCAUAUUUUGACUAUGAUAUGAAAAUCUUGAAAACACUGAUAGGUUAUCGUUGUAGGUGCUUAAAACAUGGCCAAGUGUGCAUGUAAAGGUCUUAUUUUUUCUGUGAAUCAAAUAUGACUUUAUCUCUUGAUAAAUGUGAAAAAUAUUGAGCAAUAAAAAUAUAUGAAUGUAAAGGUAUUUUAUUUAUUGAUUGGAACUCUGUAAUAGGGUUAGAAAUUGUCAGAAAUGAUAUACAUUUGAAUAUUUCACUUGAUAUGCCAAUUCUAUUUACAGCAAGUUUUAGUGUACUUAAAUGUUUUUAUGAUUUUUAAAAAUUGUGGCAUAUUUUUCAAACAUUCCAAAAAGUAGACAUUUAAAUAAAAACAAGUAUCAUGAUACUUCCUUGCCUAGUUUCUAUACACAAACAGUUUAAUGAAUGCAGGAAUCAACUAAGUAAAGAUAUAGAAACAUUUGGAGCUGAUUUGAUUAUGACAUGUACGUUGCCAUAACAUUUUUUAGAACACACCUAGAGCUCAGAUAUUUGUGUGUAUAUGUGUAAUAGAUGCUAUAUAUUAUACCUGGUUGCUGGUGGUUAUUGGUACACAGUACAAGUGUUAUGUUGUGUGCUAUCGUUUGCUGGAUUUUUAAUCUUGUCAGAUUUGUCUAGUACCUAUACAUGAAAUUGUAAUUAAUUUGAUAAGUGAAUUUAAAUUGCAUAACCAAUUGUUUAAAACAUGUUACCUACAAGGGAGGAAAUUCAUCAAAAUAUAAGAAUUUGGAAAACAGAUGUAUACUUUGGUUAUGUAUUUUUUUCUAACUUUUUGACAUAGUAUGUAUGGUAUUAAGACAUUUUAAACCUGUAUGUUUGCAAGGUUGUUGAUAUUCUGUAAUAUUCACCUCAAAUGAGAUUUUGUUACAGAAUAUCAGACCUGGGCUCGGAUGAUGGAGGCAGUCAUGAACACACACAUAACACAUUAUGUUAUAUGAGAAAUGAAAACAUUGGAGCUUGACACCCAAUCUUUAAGUCAAUUUAUCUUGUUUUGGUUUAAAUUACAUUUCAGACUGCAUAUAUUUGGAUAGUUGUUAGUUGUACAUAAACAGAUAUACAGGAAUAUUGAUAUUACACCUAUAACCCAAAUCAACUGACAAUACUAUCCCAUCAAUCUGAUGAAAAUACAGAUCUUAAUUAACAACACCUUUAUUUUCUGUUCAUUAAUGAUUUUAAUAGGACUGCUAUCACUUAGGAAAGACUGGACCUGAUUGUUAAGGUCAUCAAUAUCACGAUGUCAACAUGAGUUGAUGGAUCCAUGAAAAGUAUAUUGUUUAUGCAGUUCAUGAAUGUUAUUAUAUACAAGAUUGAAGUUUUUUUAUGAUGUGGAAAAUUGUGAAUAAAUUACUGGAAAUUGUAAUUCCAUGAAUGCUUGUAUUCAGAAAUGUUUUGUUUUGUUUUUAUAUUUAAAAUAUUAAAUAUGUGUGGAGACAUAUGAUUUAAAUGUGCUAUAUAUGUCUCUAGUGGGAAUGGCUGGUUUUGUAAUAAAAUUUACAGAAGUUGGAAA